AUGCCUUCUUCCGAGGCCACAGCGUCAAACGGGGUGUACACGAAUGGUAUCGAGAGCAAUCAGGCAAAUGGACACUCGCACUCAGGUGCUAACGGAAAUGGUUCAAAUCCACAGGCAAAUCAACCUUUGAAUGUCAUUAUUGUUGGCGCGGGUGUUGCUGGUCUGGCACUCGCCAGUAUUCUGGGUCAUUCUGGGCACAAAGUUGUUGUUUUAGAGGCAGCACCAGUGAUUGCUGAAGUGGGCGCAGGAAUCAAUUGCUCUCCGAACCUUACACGUCUAUUAAGCCGAUGGGGUUUCGACAAAAGGGUGCGCAAGCACACAAACUCUCUUACUCGAAUCGACUUGAGAAGGUGGAAAGACGGCGAGUUUCUCGGAGCAGCCACCCUCAUGCCCGAGAUCGAGAGGCGACACGGGGCUCCCCAAUAUGCGAUUCAUCGUGCCGACCUCCACCGAGCGUUGAUGGAAGAGGCCGAGGAAGUGGCCGAAGUCCGUAUCAACAGCAUGGUCACGAGUUUGGACUUUGACAAGCCUUCGGUAACUCUGUCAGAUGGCAGCGUCCUUGAAGCAGGUGUGGUUAUUGGUGCAGACGGAAUGAAAUCUACCUGCAGAAGGCUGAUUUACCAAAAACUCGGUCUCGUCGACAAGGCAAAGCCAACGGGAGAUGCCGCAUUCCGCGCAUGCAUACCCUUGGAACUUGUUACGGAUCCCGAACUGCGAGCUUUCAUGACAGAACCUGUGGCCACAAGGUGGAUGGGUCCUGACAGGCACGUACAGGCAUAUCCAAUACGACACGGAAAUCUUUAUAAUAUGGUAAUGUGUCACCCGGACAGGGGUUUCUCAGAAGAGUCCUGGACUGCGAAAGCCUCGAAGCAGGAGAUUUUGGAUCACUUUGGAUCGUGGGAUCCCGUUCGAUUGCGGAAGCUUUUGGACUUGAUCCCUGAUGAGAACGUGAUGAAAUGGCGGCUGUGCGAGCACGAUCCCCUUCCCACAUGGGUGAUGGGGAAGGUGGUUCUCCUCGGGGAUGCCUGCCAUCCUAUGUUACCUUACGUCGCACAAGGGGCGGCCCAAGCGAUUGAGGAUACCGGGGUUCUGUGUUUGGCACUCAACCGCGUGUCGAAGCUAGAGGAAAUACCAACGCUUCUCAAGGCCUUUGAGGUAGCACGUAAGUCCCGGGCAGAGCACGUUGCCAGCACGGGUGGUGCCACGCGCCGCGUCCUGCACCUCCACGAUGGACCCGAGCAACAGGCCAGAGACGAAAAGUUCAAAUCGGUCUCCAAAGGUGGGGAGAAUCCUGAUCUUUUGGGUGACGCCAAGGCACAGUCAUUCCUGUGGGGAUAUGAUCCAGAAAAGGAGUUCCUGGACAACUUUGAGAGUCUCAUCCGCAAGGCACAAGACCUGCUCGCCGAGCCGACAGCGAGAGUGGUGGAUCUUUAG